AUGUACUUUUUGUGCUUGACUUUCGUUACGAUCAUCUCGUUGUCUACCUCUUACAAAUACCUAGUUUAUAGCCCUUUUUUGGGCUAUAGUCAUGUGAACCUUCUCGGCAAUUUGGCAGACGUCUUGACCGAAGGAGGGCAUGAUGUGACAGUAUUGAUGCCUGAGGUCGAUGAGGAGCAGCUCAAUCACACGGGUACCGAGUUGACCAAGAAAAUAAUACGCGUUCGCGGCGAUUUUCGCACUGUAGAGAUGAUAAAAGAGAGCAAGAAAAGCGAAGUUUUCAAUAUGUGGACAAUCAGUGCCUCCCCUUCAAUUAUAUGGCAGUCACUGCGAGAAGAGAAGUUUGAUGUUGGGAUAGCGGAAGCUUACUAUGUAUGCGGACUGGCACUUUUCGAAUUAUUGAAUAUCAAGACUACAAUUGCCAUGUUAAGCAACAUUCAUCUUGAAUCCGCGAUAUAUGCAAUUGGAGAACCUGCGUUUCCGAGCUACGUGCCAGGACUUAUGAGCACUGCAGGAGACCAAAUGACUUUUUCUCAAAGGAUGCAAAACGCUCUUUCAUUGAUUUUUAGUAGAAUGGUAUCCAGCUGGGUGAAUGAAAACGAAAUUGAUAUGAUAAGACAAAAAUGUGGUAGUUUCAAGGACCAUUACGAACUGAUAGCACAGACGUCGUUCAUUUUCACAAGAAGUAAUCCAUAUCUGGAUUUUCCACGUCCAACAUUGCAUAAAACCGUUAUGAUAGGAGGCUUUGCCACUAAUAGAAAACUGCAAAAGAAACACCUUUUGACUGAGGAGUUCACUGACUUUUUGGACAAACACAACCAUACAGUUUUGUUGUCAUUCGGCACAGUUGUGAAGUCUAAAGACAUGCCAGAAAGUUACAAGAAAAGCAUUUUAGCUGUUAUUUCUUCUAUGCCUGAAGUGGGCUUUAUAUGGAAAUAUGAAGAUUCGGACCUUGCCUCAGCCAGAACUCUUUCGAAUGUUCUUCUCAUUCCAUGGGUACCACAGAUUGCUCUUUUGGAGGACAAACGUUUGUCUGUCUUCGUCACUCAUGGUGGUAUUGGUAGUUGCAAUGAAUUGGCAUAUAUGGGCAAACCGGCAAUAGUUAUUCCAAUCGUUGGCGAUCAAAUGCGAAACGCUCAAAUGAUGGCUCGUCAUGGAGGAGCACUUGUUUUGGAGAAAGCUGAUUUGGACGAGGCUGAUAAAUUGAGAAAAGCACUCAAGACGAUAAUAAGUGACCCGCGGUACGCAAAGAACGCUCUUCGCCUCUCACAAAUGUUACGUAAUCAACCAAUCGCACCAGAAGAGCUGCUACUACGGCAUGCGGAAUUUGCGGCAAAGUUUGGACGCAUCCCGAAUCUCGACUCAUAUGGCAGGCAUCUGUCUACGAUGCAGUAUUUUCUUUUGGACAUAGCAGCACUUGCAGCUGUUGUCAUAGUCAUAAUCUUAACAACGUUUAUAAUUUUGAUAAGAAAAUGUUGUUUCUCUCCGCAUCAGAAAGCCAAGUCAGAUUGA